AUGAGCUCAGUGACCGACUUGGACAACAGACGUGGCGUAGCGGUAACAGGGAACGAAGGUCGACUGGCCCGGGCGUCGUCGGCUGAUCAUCUCAUCGACGAUCUAUUUGCCCAACCAACUUCGACAGGUGCACAGAGCUCCAAAGUUAAGACCCUAGUGGACGGGCUGGCCCAGGUCUCCCUCGCAGCCAUGACACCCCACGGAAUGGUGGCCAGAACGCAGGACACUGUUCUGCGAUCUCUCAUCCUAAGCGCCUCGCUGCCACCAGCCCAUAGCCAUAUCAACCAACUCUCCUACCUGGAAUUACCGAGACAGCAGAUCGCCGAGCGGGUAUGUGCACGGUAUUGUGACGACAUUCUACCUGCGUUUCCAAGCCUUACGGCCGAGCAAGUCCACUACCACUGUCAGAAUGCCUACAAAGCCAACAGUGCAUACUCCUGCUUUGUGACUGCCACCAUCCUCGCUACCACGGCCAUCGUCAUAUCACCAGGCUCGAUACAGAACGCCGCCUCGCUGUAUUUCUAUGGUCUAUCGUGCCUGGAGACUGCUAUGGAAGAGGGCAGUGGGUGCUUAGAUGAUAUCCUACUGGACCUUGAAGUUGUAAUGCUCCUGGGGCAUUUCGGCAGCCUUGCGGGGGAUACGUUUUCUGAUCCUUGGGCUCUCAGCGGCCUUGGGAUUCGAAUUGCUGUUGAUUUGGGCCUGCACAAGGCAGUAGACACAGAUCGGAAACGCAGAUUGUUCUGGGCAGCAUACAUCCUUGAUCGCAAGUGUGCUGUAGCCAGGAACAAGCCAUUGGGUCUGCCAGACGAGGCGAUUGCUACUCCUUCUCUAGCUUUGGCUCGAAACUCAGUUGAGCUAUUCCGCAUCAUGUCUGAAGUCUACAAGCACGCGAUGUCAGAAAUGGAGCAGCACGAGACGACAAACAGCCAGGGCGGCGCCGCUGCUUCACAAACGACCGUCGUCGUCGCGUCACACAACCCCGUCAAGAUCUCCGCCAGCCUGCAGGGCUUCUCGCGCAUGUUCCCCGGCGCGACGCCCACAGCCCGCGGCGUCAGCGUCCCCUCCGGCGUGGCGGACCAGCCGUUCUCGGACGCAGAGACGCUGCGCGGGGCCCGGAACCGCGUGGACGCCGCCCGGGCCGCCGCGCCGGACGCCGACUACUGGGUCGGCAUCGAGGGCGGCGUCGACGACGCGCGCGGGGGCGCGCUGCAGUCUUUUGCCUGGGUCGUCGUUGCGAACAAGGAGGGCCGCACGGGCGAGGCGCGCACGGCGGCGUACGGCCUCGCCGAGGAGACCGCGCGGCUUGUCCGUGGCGGCAUGGAGCUAGGCCACGCGGACGACGCCAUCUUCGGCCGCACGAACUCGAAGCAGCGCAACGGGUCUGUGGGCCUCCUGACGGACGACGCCGUCGACCGGACGGCGUACUACGUGCAGGCGGUCAUCUUGGCCCUGAUACCGUUCAAGAACACCAACUUGACAUUCCUAGCGGCCCCGUGA